AAAAUACAACAAACCAGCUUCUACGUAGCAGAGCGAAGAGUUGGAUGUACGACUGUGCAGAUAUUUGUGGAGCAGACUUCGAUAUUAUUGUUUUCUUUGUCUUAGUCCACAAUGUUUACGUGUAAAAUGUUAAAACUUUCAGCAAACCACAUAAAAAAUAGUUGUGGUCGGUUAAAUCUUCCUGCGUACUUGCAUAACACUGGUCCUUGUUCAUUGACAGCAGUACCGAAACCCAGGGCGCAAGAGUACGAUGGCCCAAGCAUGAAAACAGAGUGUCCUGGCCCAAAAUCAAAGGAACUAAUGAAAAGAUAUGAGAAAUCCAACAAAAAUAUUAAACAUGUGCAGUUUGUUGUUGACCUUGCAUCAAGUCUAGGCAACUAUGUCGUGGACGUUGACGGCAACCGUAUGCUGGACAUUUUCAUGCAAAUUUCAUCGUUACCUUUAGGUUACAAUCAUCCAGCUAUACUUGAUGCUAUGCAAGACCCAGCUAACUUGGUUACAAUUGCCAAUCGUCCAGCAUUAGGUGUGAACCUUCCUGAAGGAUACCCUGAAAUAAUAGAAGACAUUCUAAUUCCGAUUGCUCCAAAAGGUCUUGAGAAUGUGCAGACAAUGAUGUGCGGGUCAUGCGCAAAUGAAAAUGCUAUGAAACAAGUGUUCCUGUGGUAUAAAAACAAUAAAAGAGGAGGAGCACCAGUUACAAAAGAGGAAAUGGAUUCUUGUAUGGUUAACGAGGCCCCUGGCAGUCCACAGUUCACGUUUAUGUCCUUUAACGGCAGUUUUCAUGGGCGUACUAUUGGUUGCUUAUCCUUGACUCACUCCAAGAUGAUCCACAAGCUUGACAUGCCUGCGAUGGAUUGGCCUGUUGCCCCCUUCCCAUCGCUCAAGUACCCACUGGAUAUGCACUUGGCAGAGAAUCGUGCUGAGGAAGAUAGGUGCUUGGCAGAGGUGCAAAGACUGAUUGAUGAAUAUGCAGCUAAGGGGAGAGAUGUAGCAGGUCUAAUAGUGGAACCUAUCCAAGCAGAAGGAGGAGAUAAUCACGCCACCCCCUACUUCUUCCAGGGACUUCGUAACAUCACAACCCAGAAUGGUAUGGGGAUGGUUGUUGAUGAGGUGCAGACAGGAGGAGGGUGUACUGGUACAAUAUUUGCUUCUGACCAGUGGGGCUUGGAUAACCCCCCAGACCUUCUAACAUUUAGUAAGAAAUUAACCGUUGCUGGUUAUUUCUACAAGACCGAGUUUAGCCCAGACCAGACAAUACCUCAGGCUGUGAAUGCCACUGAUAUAAAGGGUUACCGUGUUUUCAAUACCUGGAUGGGUGACCCAUCAAAAAUGAUUCUGCUUGGAGCAAUUUUGAACACAAUCAAAGAGGAAAACUUGCUUGAAAAUGUGAAAGAAACUGGAAAAAUUCUGAAUGAUGGUCUGGUUCAAUUACAGGAAGCCUAUCCUCAUAUUUUCAGCAAGGCCCGAGGUCAUGGGACGUUUCUUGCGAUUGACUGCACGGACGCUAAUACAGCAACUCAAAUAUCCACACUCAUGAAAACCCAAGGUGUGAAUGUCGGCUUGUGCGGAGCAAAAUCUCUGCGAUUCCGUCCUGCGCUUACAUUUAAACCGUUCCACGCUGACAUUGUUCUGGAUGCUUUCGAUAAAGUUGCCAAGAAACUGUGAAGAAAAUCAUUAAAAUACUAUCUUUUUAUAAGACACAUUGGGUGGGGGGAUGAGUGAGACACAUUACUCUAUUAAUAUUGUUGUAACAUAAGUAAUAUAAUUAUAAUAAUAAAAGCAUAAAGCUAUGCAACAAUAAUUAUAAAGUAGCAACAAUACUCAGUGGGGUCAUCAAUCAUGCUCAAGUAGUAAAAAAUCACCUAAUUUUGCGAGCUAUGGCCCCUCACUUUCAUUGAUCCCCCUCCCUCAUUUUAAGUCUCAUACAUACGUCACUGACAAUACUACUAAUAAUGGAAAUGAAGCCAUGCCUACACCAAUAGGGGAUCAGUAAGGUUAAGUAGGUCUUCGUACUUUCCCUAACCAAAAAUUUGCUUUACAAAUUUAAUGAGAAUUGAUCCUGUUAUAACUAUUUUUUGGAAUUGAAGUGUAAAUAUAAAAUAUUGCAGUAUUGAUAAUUACCAAUAAAAU